UCUUUCCUUUUUUUGAAAAAGAACAAAAGUAUAAAAAUCCCGCAGGAUAUCCCCUUCUGGUUCCGGCCUCCGGUUCCUCGCUGAUUAAGUGACUUUUCGACAGGACACAACUCUGCGGUCUCUGGGGCAGGCAGUCACUACAUCAGUUUCCCUUCAUGCAGGACAAACUAAUUUUAUUGCACUUAAUAGUGGGCAUAGUGGACAAAAAUGGGCAGUUGAGAGGGGAGCGCCAAUAACAAUCUACUUAUAUAUAUAUAUCUCUUUAUUUUUCAUACUCAGAUUGAAUAUGUCCUUUAGCAAGUCAGAAGAAGUGGACGGAAGCCAUAACAUGAGUGACAGAUCGUCGGUAAAGAAUGGAUUUUUUAAUUAUUUGCGCGACUUCUGUCAACGCAAUAGUGCCCUGAGCUGGCCGGAAAUCGCAAGGGAGGGGGCCCGGUCGUGGAAACACCUGAGCGAGGAGGAAAAGAGUCGCUACCAAAUCAUGUCCAGCACUGACACGGACAUCGUUGCCUUGCAAAUGAACAAUAAAAUGUGCAACCAUCCAACGGGCAGAAUGGGCGACGGCAUGAUAAAUAAAAUUCGGCCCAAUAAAACUCAAAAGCUCAUUUUCUCCUUGGAUGAAGACGACUUUGUGAUGGAAACGACACAGCCAAUCUGACAAUUUCACGUCCUCGUGUACUGUAAUCUUAAUAUUUCAAAUGACUUAUAAAUCCCAGAUUAUAGCUUGUGUUUUCUUUAACUCAUCAAUUUCAAAUACCAUUUAUUUAUUCGAUAUAUUAUCUUACGCUUAAAAUGUUUCUCUUAUUUCAUAAUCUUUCAUUAUUUUACAUUCUAA